UGGAGGAGCAGGAGGCUAGGCUACUGAGGGGAGUGAAGUUUGAGGUCAUGGUUGAGACACCCAGGGUUCAGAGGAGUCCCAUCCCAGAGACAGAGCCUCUUUGGCGGGUAGAGAGUACAAGACACCUCCCUGGAGAUCCACCUCACGGACAGGCUGCACAUCAGGAGGUUGGGAGGCCUGUGUUUACAUACCCUGACGACAGUGUGAAAGACUGUGAGGAGGUUGGAGAAGAGAGACCCUGGCCUCUACAGAGAGGAGAGAGACCCUGCCCUCUACAGGGAGGGGAGAGACCCUGGCCUCUACAGGGAGGAGAGAGACCCUGCCCUCUGAAGACGGCCUCAGUAGAUUCCUCCUGGAGAAGCAGCCAGCUAUCACACGUCAACUACUAUGGUGGUUACCUGGGUGGGGCCCAGCAGGGACGGACACUGAAACAAGGCAGCACAGACACAAAAAAGGACAACACAUCCUCGGACCCCAGCUUCUCCAGAUUGCAUCUCCCCCCCCUUUUUUCUGGCUCAGUGGUCAGUCUGGACCAGGAGAGUAGUAGGAGGAAACCAAGGAGUCCAGGUGGGCUGGGGGGGAAGUUCCUGCCACUCAUACAUGAGGCGUAUGUCAGCUCUGAGGAUCCAGCCCAGACCCAGCCAGAGGGUACCCAUCCAGAGAGGUUGACCCAGACCUAUCCUGUCCAUCCAGCCCACACCAUCCUAGAGCCCCAAGCCCAUCCAGAGAGGGCCCACCUGGAGAAGCCAGGGCCCAGGAGGCUGCUGCUGUCAGUGCUACUACCCCUUGGACAUACAGAGGAGGAGGGGGUGCAGGCUCCGUGUGCUGGUGUCCACUACAAGCCAUCAGAGGAGGAGAGAGGGGAGCCUCACUGUGGAGAGACGGGGCACAAAAGAGAGAGCACUAGAAGAGGGGAAGGAGAAGGAGGAGGAGGAGGAGGAGGAGGAGGAAGGGGUCUCCCUGAGAAAGGCUCUAAGCACACCGGGCCUGAGAAGAACGGUCUCUCUCUACUUCAGCCUGGGGAAGAGGCUGCUGUCCCCCUGGCGGGUCCCUUGGCUGGUCGGCUCAGAGGCCCAGGCAAACAGAGCUCCAUGGCCAUCUACAAAAACAGAUCUGAUGUCCAUGCCCCCUGGGACCCCUCCGAUCCUGGGAGGGCUAUGGUCAGAGGCAGCCUACCCCUGGAGCUCAGAGAGUGGCAGCAGCAGACAGGCAGAUCCCAGGGCACCUUGAUCUUGGGUCCUGAUGGUGAGGUUAUACAGAUGUCCCCGUGGGACCCUAAUAAUAUGUCUGCCCCCGAGGACCAGCCCGCCCUUACCUCUGCUCUGGACCAGGUCACACGAGACCAUGCUCUCCAGGUCCUAACCUCAGAGGGGGAGCUACCCUGGGUCCUACUGAUGCAAACACAGUCUAUAGCCACAGGGGAAGCCAGUAAUCCCGAAGGACCCCCAACCAACAUGGAACAAUGUGAAUUAGUCCAAACGGUAGGAUCUGAUGGACAAACUGUCCUGUCUGGUGGCCAGACACACCGACAGGGGCCUGGAUCUUCCAGGAACAGAACGACAGGGAAACAGCUGCACCCAGACACUCAGAGACCUGGGGGGCGAGGUAAAGACAUGGCUGCUGUCAGCUACAACCUCCGCAUCAGCAGGACAGUGGAGAUACCAAGACAGGAGGAAGGGAAGGAGGUGAGGAGGGAGGAAGCUGAGGAGAAGACUACAACAAGCAAGAGGAGCCAGGAUCGGGAAAAGCCAGGUCCACAGAGGAGUGAGGUAUCCUCCUUACCUACCACAGAAGAAGAAGAGACCCAAAACAUCAACCCCCACAAACCUUCACAGCCCAUCCCUACAGGCCACUCUACAGAAUGGGCCUUCUCUCAGAACAGAAGUCCCAAACAUUCAGAGGGACCCCUUACACCCAGUGGCAGGAAAGGAGGCCAUUCUAAGAAAACAAACGUGACAGUAGAUGAGCAGAAUCCACAGCAGGAGGAGGGACAGACACAGGAAACAGGGGAACAAGCCAGCAGAGAGAAGCUGGAGGACACAUUCAACAAAGAGGUGGGAUCCCAGGACUCUCCUACUGUACAGAAAAUGAAAAAGAGAAAAGUGAAUGAAGGGCAGGAGCAGAACCAGGAAGUCCUCUCCAAGGAGGCGGGGAAGGUCUUGAGGAAGAAGAAAAAGGACCGGGUCAAAGAUCAAGCUGAGUUUGUUGUCGGAAAACCUAAAGGCCACGUGGACGUGGAGAGGACGAAGAAGACCAAAGAGACUAAAGGCCACGUGGACGUGGAGAGGACGAAGAACACCAAAGAGACUAAAGGCCACGUGGACGUGGAGAGGACGAAGAACACCAAAGAGACUAAAGGCUUAUCUGAAACGUCUCCAUCUGCUCUGAGUCCUGAUGGAGAUGUGAAGGACACCGAAGACGAUAGUGCUGCACUAAACACACAUGAAGAGGAACAUAGUGACCUCGUCCAAUCCCCGAGAUCCCAUCACAGCACUGUAAACAGGAGCUCCUCAUCCAAUGGGCAGUCAGGUCAGAGUUCACACAGAUCUAACUCCUGUAAGGACGAGGUUUUACCAUGCGGACAACGACGGUCCUCUCAUGACCAACUGUCAUCCUGCUCGGUUGUCAUGACAGCAGAAACACAACCGUUAAAUCUAGUCAUAUCUGACGCCAGCAUCAGUACUGACAAGAACAGAGGAGAGGCAGCAGCCCAUAUGGAGCAACAGAAGAAUGUGUUGGCUGAGAAGGCAGAGCGUCGCCGACUAGAGGUGGAGAGGAAGAGGAAGGAGAAAGAGGAGGAGAGGAGGAGGCAGCAGGAGCGGGAGGAAAGAGAGGAGUGCAUGAGGCUGGAGCUGGAAGAGGAGCAGAAUCAGAGAGCCGAGGAACUCAGGCUGAGGAGACUGGCUGAGGAGGAAGAGAGACAAAGGUUAGAGGAGAAGGAGACUGAGAGGAGAAGAAGGGAGCAGGCGGAGAAGGAGAGGGAGUGGAGGAAGAAGGAGCAGAAGAGACGACAGUUGGAGAUGAUUCAGAAGAUCAGACAGGAGGAGGAGGAACGCCGGGCAGCUGAGUUGGAGCUGCAGCGACUAGAGGAGGCGAUGAGUAAGGAAGAGGAGAGGAGGAGGCUGGCAGCGAUGGAGGACCAUGAGAAGAGGGAGUACCUGCAGAAACAGAAGGAGGAGGAAGAGGAGAGGAAGAAGGCAGUGGAGGAGAGAAAAAGCAGAGAGGAGGAGGCAGCGCAGUGGGCAAAAGAAGAGGCACGACUACAAGCUGAACUGUUUGCCAGGCAGAGGGCUUUACUAGAGCAGCAGCUGCAGUUCAGACGAGGCCUGCUGAUGGAGGCCGGGGCUCUGGGACAGACUCAGGACAUCUCUCGAGCCUGGGUCUACUCAUACUUCCAGCUCAUACAACUACUGGGGCUGGCUGAGGUCCCCACAGCACAGGAAGACUCACCCGAAGACAUGUCCUAGAAUGUUUGAUGGGGUUGUUGAGAAAGUAAAGGAUUGUCGUUCAAUGAAACGUCUCAUUCAAGGACAUGUGACAGGAAGCAGAACCCCGACUGAUAGUAAUAACAAUAAGUGUUUACAAUAUCAAAACAAAAAAACACAGCAAUUGUUUGUUUUUAAACCACAAUAAAAAUUCAGUUGA